GCGCCCUCUAUCAUCUGCCGCUUUGACCAGCUCGACAUGUUGAGCCGUUCGCGCUGUUUCUGUCUAAACGGGACUGACUGGAAGAACGAAUUAUUACUCACAUUAUUAUUACCGUGUUGGCAAUGCAGUGUCUUCGAGGCUCUAUGGCUUACGAAUAUUACGGAUCUUUAGAUAUUAUUGUCUUGUUUUAUUAAAUGGGUAUUACUAAUUAAAAUACUUUAAUUACUGAAAUUAAUUAUCGCUAUAAUUACUGAAAAUGAAUUCCCACCGCCGUUUCACGGCAAAUGAGCUGCUGUAUCUUAUACUGAGCGACAAUGUUCAAGACGAUCGCGACGAAUUAUUGCCACACAGUCUGGAUUUCGGUGAAGAUUCCAAGUUGCGUCAAAAUCUGGAUUUGAUUAAUAAUCCAGACUCCCAGGACUCAGCAGAAUGUGAAGAACCUUCUCAAGCAAUCAGAUCGGACCACGACAAAGAUGGGAACACUCAAGCGUCGUCGGAACCCACUGUUGACAUACCGUCUGACAGCGAGCCACAUGCAGAAUUAUGGAAAGCCAUUGCUACGUCAGCUCCGACAGCGCCCAUGACACCCAGCACCUCUGUUGUGAAAAGAAGAGGACCCCUUCCAGAGAAAAAUGGGAAGCAAAUGAAAGAUCUGCGGGAGUCCAUAAAUGCCUUUUCUUGCGGUUGUGAUCCAGGGUGCGUGGCCAAGAUUCUUGUCGACUACUUAGAAAUGUUUAUGCAGCAAGUUUCCCAGCUCACUCGCCGCAAAAGAUGGCUGUUUUUGAAAGGGAAAUUAAUGGAGUCAACAAGCAUUUCUGCUGCAAAACGGUGUCUAUAAAGCGGAACGGAAGAAUUGUCCACUAUGCAGUUCCGUGGACAGUACAGCUGGUAUUCAGUUGUGUCGCGAAGGGUUUUUGUUCGUCUUUGGUCUCAAGCAGCAGCUACUUUAUGUGAUCAAAAACCAUCUUUUUUCCGACGGGAUCUCGGAUAAAGAGCACGGUCUUGUCGGACAUAAAAGUUCGCACUCUUUGUCUGCUGAGGAUACUGAAAGAGUGUCGGCGUUUAUUUUGGCUCAAUCCGAAGUUUAUGGCUUACCAAUGAUUUUCGUUGAUAAGCGAACCAGCGCAGUUUGCCCAACCAUUUAUUUGCCAGCAUCCGCAGAAAAGAUAAAGGUUUGGCGCGAUUAUAAAGAUAGAUGCUUUGCAAGUUCCGUCCCUGUUCGCCAUGUGCAAUACACCACGUUCGUGGCUCAGUGUCUAAAGCUUCUUCCGCAUGUAAAAGUAGUGAAUCUGCGCUCGGACAUUUGUUUCACCUGAGUUGACAUUGCUGGCUGAUAUUUUGCAAACCUUCCUAUAGCAAAUUAAAAAAUAAUCGUUGUUGUUUUUGGUAUUAUUUUUUGCGGUAUAGUUACCGAAAAGCGCCAUUGCACAUUUGCCGACACUAUUCUCAUACCGCCACAAAC